UGCAUUCAGCAGAUCCUGGAGGCCGUGCUACACUGCCAUCAGAUGGGCGUGGUCCAUCGCGACCUCAAGCCUGAGAACUUACUUUUAGCUAGCAAAUCCAAGGGAGCAGCAGUAAAACUGGCGGACUUUGGAUUGGCUAUAGAAGUCCAAGGAGAGCAACAGGCUUGGUUUGGCUUUGCUGGUACUCCAGGAUACCUUUCGCCAGAGGUGUUACGAAAAGAUCCUUAUGGAAAACCUGUGGAUAUGUGGGCCUGUGGUGUCAUUCUGUAUAUCCUCCUGGUGGGAUAUCCUCCUUUCUGGGAUGAAGACCAGCACAGGCUUUACCAGCAGAUCAAGGCUGGUGCUUACGAUUUUCCCUCACCAGAAUGGGAUACAGUGACUCCUGAAGCAAAAGACCUUAUCAAUAAAAUGCUUACCAUCAACCCAGCAAAACGUAUCACAGCAUCAGAAGCACUAAAGCAUCCAUGGAUCUGUCAACGUUCUACUGUUGCCUCUAUGAUGCACAGACAAGAGACUGUAGAUUGCUUGAAGAAAUUCAAUGCAAGAAGAAAACUCAAGGGGGCCAUUUUGACAACUAUGCUGGCUACCAGAAAUUUUUCAGCAGCCAAGAGUUUACUGAAAAAGCCGGAUGGAGUUAAGAUAAACAACAAAACGAACGUGGUAACCAGCCCCAAGGAAAAUAUUCCUACCCCGGCGCUGGAGCCCCAAACUACAGUAAUCCACAACCCUGAUGGAAAUAAGGAAUCAACAGAGAGUUCCAAUACAACCAUCGAAGAUGAGGAUGUGAAAGCUCGUAAGCAGGAGAUUAUCAAGGUUACCGAGCAGUUGAUUGAAGCUAUCAACAACGGGGACUUUGAAGCUUACACAAAAAUCUGUGAUCCAGGCCUUACAUCUUUUGAACCUGAAGCUUUGGGUAAUCUAGUAGAAGGGAUGGACUUUCACCGGUUUUACUUUGAAAAUGCUUUAUCCAAAAGUAAUAAGCCAAUCCACACCAUUAUCCUCAAUCCUCACGUCCACCUUGUGGGUGACGAUGCUGCUUGCAUCGCAUAUAUCCGGCUCACGCAGUACAUGGAUGGAAGCGGGAUGCCAAAGACUAUGCAGUCAGAGGAGACGCGGGUCUGGCACCGUCGUGACGGGAAAUGGCAGAACGUUCAUUUUCACCGUUCAGGGUCACCAACAGUACCUAUCAAUGCCUAGCACAGCGGGAUCCCAGUCAUGACUUCGGCCCCUAGAUGCUACGCUAAAAAUGUCAGCGGUGCCGCUCUUGCAUUUUCUGUACCCAACGCACCUGGUUGAUUACCAUCUUGGCCAUCCCGUUCUCUUCAUGCAUGUUUCUGAGUGCAUGAAGUUGUGAAGGUUCUUCAUGUAACACAUUUGUGAUGCACCAUGUUGCUGUAUAUUCCAUCUGUACACUGUUAACAUUUCAAUGAAGGUGAUGUUCCAUGCAAAUAGAGAAUAACAAGGGAUAAAAGACAAAAAAAUAUUUGAUGGACAGCAGUAGAUACAGAAUACAUUUGUCACUUUCUCCAUUUAUGCCAAGUUUGGACAGACAACUUUAAAAACUAUCCUGUUUAU